AUGGCUUCCAAGCGGGAUAUGCGCCGGCCGGACCUGAUCGUCCCCUAUCAGGAGCCCAGGGCCAAGGGCGAGAACGCCGAGUUCUCCUCCACGCUUUCUUCGACGCUGCCUAUGGCUGCUAUGCUCACCCGCAACAAGUUCAUCGGAUGGGCUUCCGUAGUUUUCAGUGUCCAGACCUGGCUCGGCGAGAGCGAGGAGACCAAGAAGAGCUCCGCGACCCCAGGAUACUUCUCCGUCGGCAUGUCAGUCAUGGCCCUCGCCGUCAGCUAUCUCCCCAUGUUCCUCCCUCCUCCCGUCCAACGGGGCGCCGCCACCGGCACCGGCCCCGCUGCUCCCGUUCCUCCCGCUUAA